CAACGAAACGAGUAAUGAUUUUCAUUUUGGGCAUUCACCAUUGUGAGAGAGAGAGAGAGAGAGAGAAAGAGUUGCGGCUGCUCCAUCCCCGGCGACCCCAUCGCACCACCAGCAGCUCCACUUUCAGCCGCCAAUAUGGUUAUCCCACCACCAGUCAGGCCUCCCAGGAUUACAAAAUUUCUCAAACCUUAUGUUCUAAAGAUGCAUUUCACCAAUAAGUAUGUGAGUGCUCAAGUGAUCCACACCCCAACUGCUACUGUAGCCUCUUCUGCAAGCUCACAAGAGAAAGCCUUGAGAUCAAACUUGGAAACUACUCGGGAUGUAGCUGCAGCUGCAAAGAUUGGGAAGCUACUUGCAGAACGCCUUUUACUUAAGGACAUUCCUGCUGUUUCUAUUCACUUGAAGAGAGAACAAAGAUAUCAUGGCAAGGUAAAAGCGGUUAUUGAUUCUCUCAGGGAAGCCGGUGUUAAGCUGCUUUAAGUCAUGAUGUUUGUGUGUUUUGUUGUAAAUGAGAGAUCUCAUUCUUAUUGAAUCUUGUCUUCUGUUAAUGAGGUAUGAAAAGUUUUGUACUAUUUCAGUAGAAAAUAAGAACGCUAAUUUUAAAAUGAGGAGCUCACGCUUAUUUUUAUCAUCA